AUGUCAAAGGAGAAAAAGGAAAAGAAGAGAAAGACGCUGGAAUCAGGGUUUGAAGACGUGGAUAUGGCAGAUGGGCCAGCGGCAAAGGUCAAACGAGGUGUCAAAGAGGUCGUCAAGGGCAUUCGCAAAGGCGAGAAAGGAAUACUCAUUCUUGCUGCGGAUAUUAGCCCCAUGGACAUUAUAUCGCACCUGCCCGGGCUCAGCGAGGAAUACAAAGUGCCCUAUGUCUUUGUUGCUUCAAAGGAGGAAUUGGGCCAUGCAAGCGCAACCAAAAGACCGACAAGCUGUGUGAUGAUUUGUCCGAACAUGAAGAGAAAGGUCCAAUCGAAACCUGCAGACAAGAUGGACGACGAGGACGACAGCGACGAUUACCGAGAACUGUAUGAUGAGAUUCGAGAAGAGUUGUACACCAUUUGA